GGGGCGGGUCAGGCACACCAGCAAACUGCGCGCUUCAGUCGUGUCAAGUUAAUCGAUACCAGAACACAAACGUGAGGAUCCAUACAUGAAGAUUGUGUCGUCAUUGGCCUUUACUGCUUGGAUGCCCAGGAACUAAAUCAGCCUGCCGUGUGUGGGGUAAUUAUGAAGAUUGUGUCUUGAUUGGUCUUUACUGCUUGGAUGCCCCGGAGCCAACUCAGCCUGCUGCGUGUGGGGUAGCUUUUAUUAAUAGGUUUGUGUCGUAACACAGCGUGUAGUGUAGGAUUAAGUGUUGCCAUUCAAGAACACAUUUCGUGCCUCUAAGCGCGAAUAAACCGAUUCAGCUCUUACGAUUCAUUAGUUCCAAUCAUGUCCAAUGUGAUGAUACUGUGCUCAAGGGGUGAUUAAUCAGAGACAGUAAGUAAAAAUUUCAUAUACCUGGGUGUUUCAAAGAGUUUAUUUUGUAACUAUACGUUGUGUGGUCCAAAAUUGUGUCUGGUUUGGUCAACGUUUGAAUGAUUGUGUUUUAGGGAAUCACUGUUUGAACGCCUUUUAGAGUAGGCCUAUUUACCAACAUCUCUCUUUCUCAAAUUUUCUUCUGUGUGCUUAGACACAAACUAUCACUGUUGAACGUCUUGCUUUAGCUGUCAUCUCCACUAGUAAUCUUCUUCUUCUCUCUCUCUCUCUCUCUCCGUCUAUAUCUCUCUCCCCUCCCCUUCUCUCUCUCUCUUUCUCUCUCUCUCUCUCUCUGUCUCUCUCUCUCUCUCUCUCUAUGUAUCUCUCUAUCUCUCCAUGUAUCUCUCUAUCUCUCCAUCUGUCUGCCUAUAUCUCUCUCUCCCUCCCUCUCUCUGCCUCUCUUCCUCUCUCUUUCCCUCUCUCCUAUCUUUCGCUUGCUCGAAUAACCAAUAUUUUCUAUUUAUUAUUAUAUAUUAUUGUUGAGCCGUUCUUUUCUUUAGACCCACCACGUGUAUGUGUGUGUGUGUGUGUGUGUGUGUGUGUAUGUGUGUGUGUGUGUGUGUGUGUGUGUGUGUGUGUCAUUAUUCGAUCUGUACUCUGAUGUGGGCUGUUAAGAUUAUACAUGUAAUUGGAAAAGAGACCACUCAACCUGGCUAAAAUAAGCCUAUAUGGUAUUAGGACAAGGAUACCAUUCUAGAAAUAAACCAAUCAUAUAACCCCUUUACCUUCAUUCCUCGGGACAUGCUGUAAUAUAAGAAGGCCAAAGUUCGCGAAAGUCAACAUUGCGACUAGGAUUUUCCGCAGCCAAAUUUUUUUCAAGUCGCAUUUUAAACGACCGAUUCUGUUGUCGGCCCUAGAAAUAUGAAUAUUUUAAAGUGCAUCUGACUUCACAUCAUAAAUAUCGGCCCUGUCCACAUCUGACAUGUGAUAUGUGUUAUGUGAGUAUCGGAGAUCAUGAUAAUGUUACAAUGCAUUUGCCCUAAACUUAUAAAGGGCAGGGGGGAGGGAGGUAUAAGGAGUUUUCAUUGAGGUUGAAACCACCGAAAUGCAUCCUCCUUAAAAACAGUGUUUCUUUCAGUCAGGGCGGGGGGGGGGGGGGGGGGGGGGCGUUGCAUUCCCCCCCUCCCUCCAGAGAAAAUCAAAUGCGACCCCCUCCCCAAACGGGAAAAUAUAAUUUAUUUAAAAAACCAUUGGUGUUAGUCGUAUAAGACUUUUGAUAAAAAAAUAGUUGAAUAGUUUAACCUAAAAUAUCGCUACGGUCAUUAGAUUUGAUUAUCCGAAUAUUCACAACAACUCCAGAUGCAGCGUUCGAUUUUAAAUACCGUAUUAUUCUCAAAGAUACCUGUAGUAUUUAUUGAUUGAUUGCAACCAGUGAUAAUUUCAGGUACGUUUCCGAGGGGGUGGAGGGAGAGGGGAAGUGAGCGCUGUCACCACAGCAAGUCAACUACACCCCCCCCCCCAAACCCUUUUAACACCUGUAGCAAAAGGUGUUAAUAAAAGGAAAAUAUGAUUUAAAAAAACAACAAAAAACGAAAUUAUACUUUUUACAUUUUUUAUUUUGAAAAUAUAUAUUAAAUGGUAGCUUUGAUCUCAUAAUAUUAGGGAAAUGGUGAAACCAAUGAAAUAUCGAUACGCUCAAAAUAUUGGAUGUUGUUCACAUAUUAUUAUUUUAUAGGCCCUACCGAUGUUUUGUUGUUGUUGCCACAUUGUCAACAUACUCAGUUUAAAGACUUACUCAUUAUGAGGAAAAGCGAGGCCCAUACUGGCGGUCUGUACCCGGUCUACAGAUAACAAUACAGAAUUCAACUCACUUCCCAUCGCUUUAAAGGCCUAGAUUUUGAAUUAGUUCUGGUUAAUUAUCGAAGAUAGGGAAAAUGUUUUUUUCAGUAUCUAUUUCUUUACAACAGCUUUGUAAACUAGAACAGGCUGUUCAUUUAUAUUGCGUCGUCAUGAUUUAAAGAUAUAGAUAUGUGAUUAAUUUUUACCAUUUAAAACUAUUUGUAAAAGUUAUAAUUAAGACCUGUUAUAUAAAAAAAGCAUUUUUCUCUUUUUGUAUGUGGUAAAACUUAUAUCAAUAUUUUGGAAAGUAAUUAGUACACUUGGUUUUUGUGACAACCACCUUGCUGUAUGAUGGAACAACAGCAAAAAAACAACAACAUCAAACACUAUUUCUCAAUAAAGAUGUGUAACGAAAUAAAUCGUUUAAGUUAAAUAAAUUCAACACAACUAUUUAGAAACAGCUUAAAAUAGAGUAUACUUGUAUAAACACAACAGGCCAAGAGACACCAAAAUGCUGUUGCUCUCCAUAUAAGUGCAGAAUAAUGCAAAACUAAAUUUUUAGGUAAUUUGUUAAGGAGGAGCGUCGCUGCAUUUUAAAUUUAACACAAAAAUAAUCUUGGGAUGAGCUCAAUGAGUCCAGCUACAAUGAGUCCAGCUGAGAUACCACCACUCAAUGGAUAUGUUUUUAGGGGAUGUGCUUCUUGCAUUUUGAAAUUUGGUUUCUGUAGACUAAUGGUCAGUCCAAACUCUUUACAUGGGUGGGAAAGACGAUUAAUUAACCACUGCAGACCUUCUGUGUGCGAUGUUAAGGUGGCUUCGUCAGCGAACAGCAGGUAACGAAUUAGUAACAUUUUUAUCUUGGUCUUUACACAAAGGCGGGCGAUAUUGAACAGCCUAACAUCAGAUCUGGUAUGGAUGCAUACUCCGUAUUCACAGUCCCUGGAGGCAAACUGAAGAAGCAUUGAGAAGAAAAUGGAGAAGAGCGUUGGUGCCAGUACGCAGCCUUGCUCCACUCCUCUUCUUACUGGGAAUGCCUUUAAGGACCGCGCUAUUGAAAGUUACUGCACUGUGCAUAUUUCCAUGAAAUGGUUGAUUGCGAGCAAACGUGGGGGACAACCUAUUCUAUGCAAGAUAACGAACAGGCAUCUCCAACUUACCAAGUCGAAUGCCUUGGUCAGAUCUAUGAAAGCAAUGUAAGGAGGCUAUGUAGCUCACGACACUUCUCCUGAGAAACCACAUCGGAAGUCCCACUGGGACUCUGGUUAGCCAGACUCGUUUAAGGGCGACACGGGCAAACGUCUUUCCAACUAAGCCAAGGAGAGAAAUUCCUCGGUAAUUAUUACAAUUAGCAGGGCCACCUUCAUUUUUGUACAAUGUUACGAUGUUGGCGUCACUCAUGUGUCCUGCUUACUAACACAAGACUUUUACAAUGUUACGAUGUUGGCGUCUCUCAUCCCCUUGGAUUGUGUCCUGCUUUAUAACAAAGACUUUUACAAUGUUACGAUGUUGGCGUCUCUCUCUGCCAAGAAUAUGCCUGUGCCUAUGCCUAUGCCUAUGCUGGUCCUCUGUCAUGAUAUGAAAACAAAUUAUACAAUGAUAUGUUAAACAGUGUGGCAGGCCAAAAUAAAACGAGCUGAAAAAUUGGGGUAUGGCAUGACUAAUGGAGACAUUAGUUGUCACAUGAGAAGUAUCUUGUCUUGAAGCAAUCAUGUUUCCUUUCAGUGAGUACUUGGAGGAUGGUACCUUGGAGAAGCACGCAAUGCCAGAUGCACACCACCUGUUUGCUUUAGAAUCCCAGUAAAGUUUCCCCUUUGGUAGUCACAGCUCAGACAGCGUAGGAUGGCCUUAGACAAAGAGAUUUCUCCAGGAAGUGAACCACUCUUGACUGUGUUCAAAGGUCUUCAGAUAUCUCAGAGAGAGGAUGGAGAUGGAAAGGCCAAAGAGAGAGAUGGUCAAACAAAUGACAUUAAAGCAGUUAAACCGGGAGGAAAUGACAAAGGUAUUUAUCUAGAAUGGAUUAUAAGGAAUUGGAGUUUUUUAAAAUUUUUGUAUUAAUAUUUUAUUUUUUUUAAUUUAAUUUAUUUAAUAUUUUAUUAUUAAUAUUUUUUAUUAUUUUUUUUAUUUGAAAGGCAGGAUUUAAAACUGCCCUCCGAAUUUUAUAAUUCUGUAAAUGCUUGACAUACAGAAGAAAAAAAAAUAAAUUAAGAUUAUUUGUUUACAAUAUACAUUUGAAAUUGAUUAUAGUUCUUUUGUUUAACAUUUGUGAAUAGUGAAAAUGUAUUUUGAAAUAAACAUAGGAUUUGUCAUAGGCGCCAUGCACUUAUAUAACACAAAGAUAUGACAUUUUUGACCCACCCCUAUAUUCUUAUAACGUUAUAUAACAUUCCAUUGAUCCACGCCCCCCCUCCCCCCUUAAAUGUAAUAUAAAAUUUAUAGCAACGGAUAAAACUAAAUUAAGUUAAAAAAUAAAAGGAACCUAGCACAUGUAAAGCAAAAAACCGAACAUGAUUUUAGCUUUUAAUUAUCUAAGAUAAUUGCAUAAAUAUGAAAAGCAGAAAUUUUGCAAAAUUAAGAAUAAAACAUAUUUUACAAUAAAUAAAUGUUUUAUAACAUUGUUCUUUACCACCCCAACCCAAAAUAAUGCAACAUAACAAUAAAUCACCUUCUCCCCCUUUGUUAUAUAUUAUCUGUAUUGUCCCAUAAUUGGCAAGUCUAUUUGUUUAAUAAAUGAAAGCCAUGCAAUUUAUCAUUAUUACGGAUAUAAUUUCCAUAUUGUUUAUGAGAUUUUUUUUUUAAAAGGAUAUUUCCGUCUCUAUAUCUUAUUUCUGUUUCUCACAGGUCCACCAUGGUGGCGCUCGCAGCGGUACAUCCUGGCUUAUCUCCUCUUUGGUGGUAUGAUGAACAUCUUCUGUCAGAGGAUCAACUUCAGUAUCGCCAUCAUAUGUAUGGUCAACCACACAGCCUUAGAACUAAGUCAUGAUUUGUCACAUGAUGAUAUUAUCAACCAAUCAUUCCAUAUAUCUGAGCCUCACAAUCUGACAAUCAACCAAUCAUUUAGCAAAGGAAACAUUUUGUCUCAGGAAUAUUUAUUUAAUACAAUCGGUGAAGUAAUUAAAAUCGGGGAACAUUCGGGUGUCUCAGUCUCAUCACAACAGUUGAAAAAUUCUUCAUCUAACCAAGGUGAAGGCCAAAUUACCAGGUGUGGUGGAGGAAUUUCGAAAAGAAGUGGAGCAGCAGAGGUUUGUAAUCUAAAUAAAAUUGUGUUUUGAGUUUAGUUUCAUGAAGAACCUUUCAGUACAAAUACUGGCGUAUCUACCUUUUUCUUUUCAUUCCAUAAUAUGAUAGUGUUGGUUGAAAGCAUUUGAACAAAAUACCCUCACUUAGAGUCAAGGCCACACUGAAAGCAUUCUAAACACAUGAUCUGUGGGCUUUAGGAUGAUUAAGAUGGAUUUGUUGAGUUUUAAAGCUUUUUUUAUUAAAAAAGAUUGAUUGGCUAGUUCAUUUCAACGAGGGGGUGGGAUUAAUAUUGUUAUGAUUUGAAGUGAACAGGAUUUAAUAAUCGCCCCUAUUUCAGGAUGGCCCCUUUAUCUGGGACAAGGAGCUGCAGGGGAUUCUGUUAGGGGGUGUCUACUGGUCCUACCUCAUUGUUCAAAUCCCAGGCAACCAUCUGGUCAGAAAAGUCAAGAAGAAAACGGUUAUUCUGAUAGCCAUGUCAUUAAUGACAACGAUGACACUACUCACACAUGUGGCAGCACUCUGGAGUCCUUGGGCUGUGUUUGGAGUUAAACUCAUACAAGGGGCUUGCACUGUAAGUUAAAUUUUUGGCUGUUCUUUGAAAAAUAGUUACAAGUAUAACAGCAUUGGCUGAUGUAUGAUGUAUAUUCAAACUAAUGAAUGGGCAGAAAUAUUUGUGAUAAUUUAGUAUGAAAAAAAAAAAGGAUGCAUCUGAGGGCAGCAUUGAAAUAAAAAAACAAAUCUACAUCCUUUUGACUUAAUAAACCCUGUCAGCUUCAUAUUCUACACUACAUGUGUCUUUGGGAGAUAUAUUUUGUUUGCCUUUUAGAUGGGACACUAUUCAAGAGAACAUAACUGAAGAUCUUCAAGUGUAAAGUUCGGAUUAUUGAUGAUAUUAUUCAAUCAGAUACAAUUUGAUAAGCACCAAAAGAAAACAUGGUUAAAUAAAGAUUUGAACUGAGUUGUGAAUGCUUAACAUUUGCAUUUGCAUAGUUAUUUUUUCAUUCAUUGCAAUACACUUAGAAAAAAAAAAGAAGAUAAUUCUUGACAUCUAAUGAACAUUCCAGGCUUUCCUUAUCAUUGCCAUGUACGGCAUUUGGGAAAAAUGGGCUCCACCCAAGGAAAGGGCUGGGCUGAUGAGUUUGGGAGUUUCUGGCCAAAUGUUGGGGAAUAUAACUGCAUUCCCUGUGUCCGCCCUGUUAUGCAAGUACGGAUUUCUAGGAGGGUGGCCCUCAGUUUUCUACGUCUUUGGUUUGUACAGGAAAUAAAACUUCACUUAUGAAGUAAAUAACAUUUUAAAACCUAUAAAAAACUUUGAUAAAUUGAACCGUUGUAUUUUGUGUGACUUUGAAGUCUGUAGGCUAAGAUUCAACUGUUUUUGUCUGCUCUGUAUGAAUAGUAUGAUAUUUGAUUGUUUCUUUAAAUUUCUGUAUAUAUUCUAAAUUAUUAACUUUUGAAAAUGUGUCAUUUGGCUUGCAAAAGAAAAUAAAAGAACUUUUUGUAUGUUAGGGUUUGAUUCAAUGUUUGAACAGCAACAACAAAAUUGGAGAUUGCAAUUUAAGAAACUUUAAGACUUUUAUGAUACAGGUAUGUUUGGGGCUCUGUGGAUUUUACUGUGUUACCUACUGAUUGAUGACAGUCCCAGCAGUCAUAGAUUCAUUACAGAAGCUGAGCAAAGUUACAUAACAGAAUCGAUUUCUCAAAGGGAAGCAACCAGCAUGGUAAGGGAGUUAAGGAUGAAUUUAAAAGAAAAAAAAAUAUACAAGUUCUAGGAAGUUAUUAAAAAAAACAAAAUAAUCAAGUUUUAUUUAAUAAUGAAUUUUGAUGUGCUCUGUGAAUGCUGUGAAAUUAUCUUGCAUUCUUUAAUGUCUUUACACAUUUUACUCUAUCAUUUGUUGAUGAGAAUUAUAAUAAUUAAUAUUUUAAAAAUUUGAAAUAAAAUAAAUUAUAAACUACAGGUAUAUUUAAUUGCAUAGCAGAUUAACAGAGAACUCAGUACAGUAAAUGAAUCUCUUUUUACCACAAAAAUACAUGAUAAAAUUAUAACUUACCAGUUGUAAUUAAUAUUUUAAACUUUAAGUGUUAAAGUUAUUUAAAAAUGUACAUAAAAAGGUUGAUCAAAUUAAAAAAGGCCAAAAUAAUAUAUACUUUUUUUUCUCUCUUUAUCUUAUCAAUAAAAAUUUUUUGUGAAACUCAUCAGGUUAAAAUUCCCUGGAAGGCCAUUCUAACAUGUCUCCCAUUCUGGGGCAUUGUGAGUGCACAUGUCAGCUACACCUGGGGCUUGUUUCUCUUCCUCUCCACACUGCCACAGUACAUGUAUGAAGUACUCAAGUUUGACAUUAAAAAUGUGAGAGUAUAUUUUUUUUAAAGAUUAUUUUGUAUCAUUUUAAACACGACUUAAUUUAUUUAAGUGAACACCAUAACUUUAGAGACAUAAAUUGAGAAAAUGAAACAUCAACUAAUAUUUAAACUCAUUUGUUUACAUAAAAACAUAAUUUGGAAGAUAUAAUUAGCAGUGCCUAUUUUUCUGCCUUUUUGUGCGAAUAAAACUGCUGUAUAAAUAAUACAUUUAUUUAGAGACAUAAUUCUUUUCAAACAAAAGCUUAUUUUUUUUGUUCAAAACAAGCUGUUUGUUGUUUCUUGUUGCCUUUUAUAAUUAGACAGUACGUACAAUUUCAUUAACAAUAAAAUUUAUAUUUUAAAUUAUCAUUAUAGUUGAAAUAAAAAAAACCCUUAUUUAUUGACUAGGGUAAAAUUAAGAAUAAAGUUCAUAACUUUAACAUUUCAGAUUAAUAAGUGUUCCCUUAUAUAAAAGAAGGAUGGGAUGGGACUCGUUAGCCUUGGACGGCAACCUGUCUAAGAGAAGGCAAACUCUGAAUUUAAAACCAGGAGCCAGAAUGAUCAACAAAUUGAUCGUGGGCACCUCAAAUAUAAGAAGAAGAAGAAAUCUUGAAUGUUUAAAUUUGUUUGCUGCAUAGACCAAAAUGUUAAUUGAUAAUUUUGUUUGUCUCAGAAUGGUGCAUUCACCAUGUUGCCCUACAUUGCCCUGAUGAUCACAACUCUGUCAGCUGGGCAAAUUAGUGACUGGGUCAUUAGGAAGAAAUUUAUUCGUGUGCUAUGGACUAGGAAGAUUUGUAUAAUCAUAUGUAAGUUGUUUCAUAACAAGCCAUGCCAUCUCUAUAUAUAUUUGAGUUGUGAAUUUAUACUGCUUUAGAUCUGAUAAAGGCAUUUAAAAAAAAUGUUAAAUUCAGGUUUAAAUGGGAUGUGAGUUGUGAGCUUAUUAAAAUUUUAUUUUAAGAUUAAAAAUUUUUUGAAAAUUAAAAAAAAAUGUUUAAAAGAUUUUGCAAAAAAUGACUAUUAAACAUAGGACAAGAAGUUUUUAUAAUAGCAAAUUUGAAACAAAAAUAUUGCAACUACUAUUAUAAAUACUAGUGGAGAACUUCAAAGGGUUAAAACAUUGUGCAUGUUCAGAAUAAAGGGAAAGUUUAAUUUCUUACAAAUAAGGGGCUGACAUUUUUAAUGAGAAGCGGCAUAUAUUUUUAAAAAAAAUUAUUUGUGCAAAUUAUAAAAUACCAUUUUGAUGAGAAAGCAUAUUUAGUUUUAAAAGAGAAUCUUGAUAUAAAGAAAACUAUUGAUUCUUUUGCUUGUUAUAUUGUUAGCAUUCCAUGUUUUUUAACGUUGUAAUCUCACAGCCCAUUUUAUACCUGCUGUCAUGUUGGUCAGUUUAAGUUUCCUGGACUGUGAACAAGCUGGCUUGGCCAUAACGUUACUAGUUAUAGGUGUUGGUGUGACAGGUGAGCUUUCUGUGUGUGUGUGUGCUUGUAUAAUGUAGUGCUCUUUUCUUUUUCAACGCCAUAAAUCAGAAUAACUUGUCAAUAUCAGAGAUAAUGACUGCAUGCUAAAACAACUAACAAACAAAACAACUUGAUGACAAAAAGAAAAAUACAAUGAUGUUUAAAAUGAGUUAUGAACCAGCAAAUGAAUGUCUCUGUGUAUUUCUUGCUGGUUUUGGAUGCUCCUCAGAGAAAACAUGCCUCUAUAUCAGCUGUACUACACAUUUUUGAAAACCUGUCCUUUGAACUCAUCAUCUUUGGGCUACUUUAGUUUAACAUUUUUAACUUUGUCUUUAUAACAAUAAAUUAAACAUUCUUAAUUUAUGACUCUAUGUGGUUCCGUUCAUGUUUAAGUUAAUAAUGUAAAACUUUGUCUUUCAAGGAUUUGGAUUGUGUGGAGUCCUGGUGAACCCCUUUGACAUUGCCCCCAGGUUUGCCACAGUUAUGAUGUCAAUCAGCAACACCUUAGCAACAAUCCCUGGGAUUCUUACACCAUAUGUUGUGGCAGCCAUUACAAAAGAGGUGAGAUUCCAGGUCCCCACAUAUUAUAGGUAGUAAUCCUGUUGGUAAUAUUAGACCACACUCUGUUAGUUGUUUCUGACUUUUUUUAUCUUGGUUGCUUCAAACUGACUGCUCCAACCUGACUGUUCCAACCUAACUGCUUCAAACUGACUGCUCCAACCUGACUGCACCAACCUGACUGUGGCAACCUGACUGCUCCAACCUGACUGUGCCAACUUGACUGCUCCAACCUGACUGUGCCAACCUGACUGUGCCAACCUGAAUGCUCCAACCUAGCUGCUACAACCUGACUGCGCCAACCUGCCUGUCCCAACCUGACUUCUCCAAACUUACUGUUACAAACUGACUGUCACAACCUGACUUCUCCAAAGUGACUGUACCAAACUGACUGUCCAAACCUGACUUCUCCAACCUGACUGCUCCAAACUGACUGUGCCCACCCUGACUGUGCCAACCUGACUGUGCUAACCUGACUGUGCCAACCUGACUGUGCCAACCUGACUGCUCCAAAUUGACUGCUACAACCUGACUGCGCCAACCUGCCUGUCCCAACCUGACUUCUCCAAACUGACUGCUCCAACCUAACUGCUUCAACCCUACUACAUUGCAUACAUCUCUUCCCUGCCAUCUAUUAUUUCUCCCAUCUGUUUGAGUUUUCAACUGUCCUGUCAUUAGAUCAGACCCUCAUGAUGCGUUUGCCUAUAUUUCCACAGCAAACAAGACAACAGUGGCAGAUUGUCUUAUUCCUAACAUCAGGCAUAUAUGUACUUGGAGCACUUGGCUUCUGUGUCCUGGCCAAAUCUGACGUCCAGGGUUGGGCAUCUCAGACGGGUCCUCAAACUGUGAUCAUUGUAGAGAACGGGGAGAUAUUGUUUAGCAAGGAAGAUGUUGACAAUCCAAUUAACAAUAAAUUGUGAUCCAUUAUUUAUUUUAAA